AUGAGGUCGAGAACACAAUACCCAAUGAACACCAAGCUUCUUGUCAUUGCCAUCAUUGUCGUCUUCUUUCUUCUCUUUGUAUUUCGAUCAACCUUUUCAUCUUCCAAUGAUCAAGUUUCAUCUCAAAUUGCGCAAAAAGUCAUUCCAAAAGCAGUUUCAGAUUCUUUCAGAAACAUUCAAAAGUCGCCAAAAUGUUCAGAAACCUGCAACAAAAUCCCACCUUCAUUAGCUCAAGCCUUGGUACACUACUCAACCUCCACCAUCACCCCACAACAAACCAGCAAAGAAAUAUCGGUAACCAAAAAGAUCUUAGACAUGAAAUCACCUUGCAACUUUCUAGUCUUUGGGCUAGGGCACGAUAGCUUAAUGUGGAGCUCUUUGAACUUCAAUGGCCGAACAGUCUUUCUUGAAGAAGAUAAAGCAUGGAUCGAGCAAAUCAAGAAAAGAUUUCCCAUGUUGGAAUCUUACCAUGUAACGUAUGACAGUAAGGUGAACCAAGCAGAUGGCCUUAUGAAAGCCGGAAAAGGGUCGGAGUGCACGGCGGUGGGUGAAACCAGGCACUCGGUUUGUCAACUAGCGCUGAAGGGUUUGCCGGAGGAUGUUUUAUGA